CUACAUGUACAAAGACAGAGAAAAAAACAGAACAAACAGGUACAGUCGCCUCAUAUCAGGUCUACUUAUUUUAACUGUGGAGAAAAAGAAGAAAUGUCCAUGUUCAGUCUAAAGCUUCUUUGUCUCCUGUCGUGUUUCUUGAGCUGCUCUCCACUCUUAGAGGUGAAAGUAAAAACGGGAAAGAAUGCCACUCUUACCUGUCAGGGCCCCACCGAUGCUGACAUCAAACAGUUGGAGUGGACCAAAGCUGAUCUGGAGUCAGAUGACUACGUGUUUUUCUUCAGAGAUAAGCAGACAUAUGACAACUACCAGCUUUCUUCUUUUCAUGGUCGGGUAAAGCUUCGAGAUCCAGAGAUGACUAACGGAAACGUGGAUGUGAUUCUGAGCAACGUCACCGACUACGACGCUGGAACAUAUGAGUGUUAUGUUGGAAAGACCACCUCUGAACGCAGAAAGAGGUCUGCACCUGAACUCAUCAACAGCAUCAGAUUGGUGGUGGAAGACCAUAUCACAGCUAAAUCUGGACAACGGGUCGUUCUGUCCUGUAACAGUAACGGCCCCGUCACUGAUGUGGAGUGGAAGCGAGAAGAUCUGAUCAAAGCAGGUGAUGUCUUCAUAUCUACAGAUGGGAAACACAUAUCUGACAAGCAGCAUCCGUAUUUUAAGAACUGGGUAGAGCUGAAGGACACAGAGAUGGAGAAUGGAGACAUUUCUUUGGUUCUGAAAGAGGCCAUGACUGUUGACAGUGGAAUAUACGAAUGUUAUGACACCCAGGGAAAAAGACGCAAGAUAAGAUCUGUCACCUUGACAGUGGAACCAGGCCCCAGUAGGGAUGGAAAAACUACAAAUGGCUAAGCCAAGGAUGAAGGAGGCUGUGACGGCCACGCCGUUAGUGAUUGUUUGGUUUGUAAAAACAUGUAACCAACAUCAGUUUAAUGACCACACAUAUUCUUUUGAUUUCACACAGCACACACUUUAUUUUGGAAGUAUGUUAUCUGAUUUGAGUGCAUGCAUUUUCUUUAACAUUCUGUCUUAGUCUAAUUUGUUUUACCUUUCUUUGUGUUCGGGUGCGUUCUCAGUGAGUGGUCAAGUGUGUGAGCCCAGGAGGGGGAAUCUUCCCCUUGCAGUAUGGUUUUAUUUUAGGCUUCGUGUUGGGGGUAAUAGUGCGUUUUAGUUUAUAUUUGGUUUGUUGUGCAAAUAUUAUCUUUGUUUAAUCUUGUAUUUAAAUUAAGUUUAGUGGUUGUGGUUUCUGCAGAUUUCUCUGAUCUGUUACUGUGAGCUUCAAGCUCUUUGAUAUCUUGGUGAUAGCACCACUGCACAUAGUUACAACAAAAUAUAUAUUUUUUUCUUUUGAAAUAAUGAAUGUGUGGAAGUAAACAACUGAAUUUUAUUCUAAUUGCAUAAAAGGUGUGUCUUCUGCAGACUUUAUUGAUCAUCUGGCAACUCAAUGUAAGGUGUAAAUAUGACGAAUAAAGUCUUAAUAGCAUUCA